GCCUAAAUGUGAGUGAUGAAUUUGGUACGUUUUGAAGUUUGAUGACUAUUAUGUAACAUCAAGCAUGGUUUGGUGACCAUUUCGGAUAUUAACCCGCAAUACGGUGGCCACUCACUGCCCAGAGUAACUAAAUACUCUGAUUCUGAUUUGGUUGGUUGGUUUCUUAUCUUCCUCUUCCCUUCGCUCAGGUCGCCGGAAAAAGAAGGGGGAAAAACCGAUUCAAAUCACAGGUGAGCCGUUCCAAUUCCAAUAUACUCUAAUCGGAAUUGAUUCCUCGGUUUCUUCGUCUUCGAUUGCCACUUUUCUCCGGUUGGAUUUUCCCUUCAUGCUUCACCAAUAGUUAGGUUCGAAAAGCUCCGAGUCUUUCUGCUCCAUUUCUCCCUUCGAUUGCCUCUAUUUACUACUCUGUAUAACUCACUGCAUCUCUGGGCUGUUCCUCGCUAGUGGAAUUGGAUUAUUUUUGGAUAAUUGUGAAGUUAUCUUUGAUCAUUCAAAUUGCAGGGUUUGAGCCUUUUAGUAAAACCCUUGAAAUGGUUAAACAGAAACUAACUCAAAAUGGACUCUCACAGUGAGGGUUGUGCCAUGAAAUCGAAUUAAACUCUUCCAAUCUCGUUCAUGGAAUGGUUAUUUUGGCAUGUGAUUGUCGUUUCUCUUGGCCGCACGCAGGUCUGCAUUACGCCUGUGCUGCAAAAUCAGCCUCUUUAUCACUUAUCUUCAGAAUUCAAAUGGCUUUGCCUAUGGAAUUGGAGCUCUUGAGACAGGCUUUCUUGAUUCGUUAUUGUAUCAAGAAUUCGAUAGCUCAAUCUUAUGUUUGAAAUUUCGAACAUGGUUCAUAGUCUCAGAGUAUAACAAAUGGAGGAACUUGCCACAGAAUGUCAUUCUGUGCUGUGUUUCUUUCGAAAUUUGCCUAAAAUGGAGUGGAAGCCUACAUUGCAGCUGUUGUCAUUCUAAGUGUUUGAUUGAUCCCCUGUUUCUGUUGGGCAGACGAGUUUACUUUACUCCAUGGGGAACAAGCCUGUGAAGCCAGAGAAAAAGAAUGAUGCCAUCCUAGUGAGGGUGGUUCCUCCAGUAGACCCUGCUUAUAUGAAGUGGCUUGCUCGCGACGUCGAGAGGAUUCAUGGAUUCAAGCCCACCAAUGUUCGUGCAGUGCAGCCCCCGGACCGUUAUGUCGAGUACAUGCAGCUGAAUGGAUGGCUGGACAUUGAUCUCAAUGAUCCUGAUUUGGCUCAUCUGUUUCCAGGUAAAUAGUAACAGUGCUGGUCCGUCAGUAGCUGAGUUUGGUGUUGUUGAAAUGAGCUUUUUAGCCAGAGGAGUGGGUCAGAAUUUUGGAGUCACUGUUGAUGUAAAUCCUUGGAAGACCAAACUACAUUUUUUGCUUUUUGUGGCUGGAGAUUAUGUUUUUUCAUUCUGUAAUGACCAUUUACAGUGCACAUUGUUGUAGAACUAAAUGUGGGUUUCCUUUGCUUGAUGAGAUAUUGAGAUGUGUAGCUUGCAGUCCAAUGAAACUGGUUACUGCCU